AUGGAAAGCAAAGACUGGGUCUAUAACUUGCCCAGCGGAGCGAUAGACAAGCAUUUCUUCCCUUCUUGUACCACGCAGUCACAGCUCAUGUCUCCGGGUGCGGCCUCGACUCCUGGCUCUGCCAAGGGCAAAGGUAAGGUGAAGAACAAAUCACCUUAUUCUCAUCCUUCCCGUGAACCAUUGAGCCCACUGGGCUCCCGACAAGCGGCGCCCGGCCUUCGAAAGCCUUCAAAGACAGGUGCAAAGUUGUUCAACGGCACGAAGGUGGUUGGGAACCGGCCCAUCCUGCGAGACAUAGUGAAUGACCUGACGGGCUAA